UUUUUUUUUUGAACAAAUAUAUAUAUAGUGUCAUUUGGGUUUAAGGGUUUCAGUUUCCAUCUUUUCAAACCCUUUCUGCCAAAAUCUCACCACCAUCCAUGGCGAUCUUCUCCGCGCAAAAGCGUCUUCUCCACGCACUCUGUUCCUCUCCAUCCCCAUCUCCGGUGACUUCCCUCAUCGGCGCCACUUUCCACCUCCGCCAAUUCUCGUCGGGGAACGUUGCGCGCGCGAAUUCAGCAACAAUUGACAAGGAGCCAUGGUGGAAGGAAUCCAUGGAAAAGAUUCGCAACAUCGGUAUCUCGGCGCACAUCGAUUCGGGGAAGACGACAUUAACAGAGCGGAUACUAUUCUACACUGGUCGGAUCCACCAGGUCCACGAGGUUCGCGGUAAGGAUGGAAUUGGUGCGGUGAUGGAUUCAAUGCUUCCGGAGAAAGAGAGAGGUAUCACUAUAAAAUCUGCUGCUACUUAUUGCAAUUGGAAAGAUCAUAAGAUCAAUAUAAUUGAUACACCUGGUCAUGUUGAUUUCACCAUUGAAGUUGAGAGGGCUUUACAUGUUCUUGAUGGUGCAAUUCUUGUUUUUUGUAGUGUUGGUGGUGUGCAAAGUCAGUCUAUUACUGUUGAUCGUCAAAUGCGAAGAUAUGAGGUUCCGAGAAUCGCGUUUAUUAAUAAGCUUGAUCGAAUGGGGGCUGAUCCGUGGAAGGUUAUAAAUCAGGCUAGGUCUAAGCUUAAGCAUCAUACUGCUGCUGUUCAAGUUCCGAUAGGUUUGGAAAAUGAUUUUAAAGGAGUUGUUGAUCUUGUGAAGUUAAAGGCUUAUUGUUUUAAUGGUAAAGAUGGCGAAAAUGUUGUUGUUGAAGAUGUUCCUUCAGAUAUGAAAGCUUUGGUGGAUGAAAAAAGACGGGAGCUUAUAGAAACUGUGUCGGAUGUUGAUGAUAUACUUGCUGAAGCGUUUCUUAGUGAUGAUGAGAACAUUUCAGAGGCUGAUCUUGAGGGAGCAAUUCGUCGGGCUACCAUAGCAAGGGAAUUUAUACCUGUAUUCAUGGGUAGUGCUUUCAAAAACAAGGGGGUGCAGCCACUUUUGGACGGCGUAGUUAGUUAUUUGCCAUGUCCAACUGAAGUUAGUAAUCAUGCUCUUGACCAAUCUAAGAAUGAGGAGAAGGUUGAGCUGACCGGAAGUCCUGAUGGCCCCCUUAUAGCACUGGCUUUCAAAUUGGAGGAAGGGGAUUAUAGUCAGUUAACAUAUCUAAGAAUUUAUGAAGGCGUCAUUAGCAAGGGUGAUUUGAUUAUAAAUGUUAGAACUGGCAAGAAGAUCAAGAUUCCUAAACUGGCUCAAAUGCAUUCUAAUGAGAUGCACGAAAUUCAAGAGGCCCAUGCUGGCCAAAUAGUUGCUGUAACUGGUGUUGAUUGUGCAUCAGGAGAUACUUUUACUGAUGGGUCAGUUAAAUACACAAUGACUUCUAUGAAUAUUCCUGAGCCCGUGAUGUCAUUAGCUGUAAAGCCCGUCUCAAAAGAUUCUGGAGGGAAAUUUUCAAAAGCUUUGAACCGCUUUCAAAGAGAGGAUCCUACUUUCCGUGUUGGCUUGGACCCAGAGAGCGGGGAGACAAUCAUUUCUGGAAUGGGAGAACUGCACUUAGAGAUUUAUGUUGAACGCAUUAAGAAUGAGUACAAGGUUGAAACUUCAGUUGGAAAGCCUCGUGUAAACUUCAGAGAAACUGUUACUCAACGUGCUAGUUUUGAUUAUUUACAUAAGAAGCAAUCUGGAGGGCAAGGUCAAUAUGGACGGGUGAUUGGGUAUAUUGAACCACUUCCUGCUGGGUCGGAAACUAAGUUUGAAUUUGAAAACAUGCUUGUUGGUCAAGCUAUUCCAUCAAAUUUUAUCCCUGCGAUUGAGAAAGGUUUUAAAGAAGCUGCCAACUCUGGCGCCUUAAUAGGACAUCCAGUUGAAAAUAUCCGAGUUGUCUUAACAGAUGGUGCUGCUCAUGCUGUCGAUUCCAGUGAACUUGCCUUUAAGGUGGCUUCGAUCUAUGCUUUUAGAGAGUGCUACGCAGCUUCCAGACCCGUUAUCUUAGAACCUGUUAUGCUUGUUGAGCUGAAAGUACCGAUAGAAUUUCAGGGAGCUGUUGCUGGUGACCUCAACAAGAGAAAAGGUGUUAUUGUUGGCAAUGAUCAGGAUGGAGAUGAUUCUGUCAUUACAGCUCAAGUCCCUCUUAACAAUUUGUUCGGGUAUUCCACAGCUCUUCGUUCGAUGACACAGGGAAAGGGUGAAUUCACAAUGGAAUAUAAGGAACAUUCGCCUGUUUCUCAUGAUGUACAGACCCAAUUGAUAAACACAUACAAGGGCAAUAAGGCCGCUGAAUGAUCUGGUCUUUUUGAAGUACAUGGGAAGUAAUUUAUCUAGGAAAAAUAAUUGGGACAAUAAUUUAGGGAUAUAGGUUGGUUCAUUUUUUAGGGUCAACAAAUUUUUUUAGCUACACACGAUGAACUAGCUGAAAUUUAUUAUCUUAGGUUUUUGAUAUCUUUCCUGUGUUUGUUUUCUCUAAUUAUCAUAUAGCUAAAUGUUGAAACUCUGCUUUGGUUUUAGUUCAGAUUGUGUUAAAUUAGUUUCUAAAUUUAUUUUCUGUUUCAACACAGAUUGUGUAUUUAUAUUUGUGUUCUGAUUAUGCAAAAUACAUUAGCAUGCAAUAUUAUAAGUAUAUUACAUUGA